CAAUUGAUGGUUCGACCGCAGAGAAUAGCAUCGCCAGUUUAGUCUCGUUUGAGAGUAGGCGGGAAGCUUCUCUCUCUCUCUCUCUCUCCGCUGAUUUACAGUCUCUCUCCCCUGCGUCCACUGAUUCUUACAGUCCCUCCAUUGAUGGAGUCAACGAAGAACACAUGCCUCAAACUUGAAAUCUCAAACGCAGACCAGACCACCACAGACCCAAUCUUCGUCAAGGCCACCUGGUUCCCCUCUCGCUUCGACCUCUCCAUCUCCGACGGCCUCCACGCCUGGACCCUCAACGCUACUGAGGACGAGGUUAGGGAGAGAGCGUCUCAGUGGGACCAACCCGUCUCCGAAUACAUCGAGUUGGCCGAGAGGCACCUAGGGUUUCAACAGCCGGGAUCGGUUUACAGAUUUACGGAUGCCGGAAACGGGCACAGAAGAUUGUCAUGGACAUUUGAGAAGGAAGGGACUAAGCUAGAAUGGCGAUGGAAAUGUAAGCCUUCACCCAAUGAUAAGGAAACUACAGCAGGAAUCUUGGACUUUCUCAUGGACGCAAACGUGCGACUAAGUGAUGAAGUUGUAUGGAAAACACAAUCAUUCGACAAGCUAAGAGUAGAAGCUGAGAAGUGUUUAGCACAAAGUGAGAGAUUCAGCAAUGAGAAGACAGAGUUUGAAGAUGCAAUCUAUGCGAAGUUUCUUGGGGUAUUGAAUUCAAAGAAAGCAAAGCUUAGAGAGCUUAGAGACCGACUUUCGAAACAGGAAAAAUCCGGAAAAUUGCCUGAAGAAGAAGAAGAAGAAGAAUCAACAGACAAAACAGAGACUUUUGAUGGAAGUGAUGAUGAAAAGAGUGAGGAAGAGUCUACAGUGAAGCUCACUGGCACUUCAAAGAAUGUUUCUUCAAUUAAACCUCGUGGCAGAAAGAGAAAAUAGACAUCUCACUGGCUGAGCCUGAUCUUCUUAGUCAGUGUUUCGUAGAUUACCUGCGCGGUGCCCUGUUAUAGUUUAACUUCUUGUUUUGAGUAAUGGGGUGAUUGUAGUAUUUGAUUUCUUAUUGUUCUGGUAAAGAAGAAGGGUCCUUUGAGUUUUCAAUCUGCAGAAUAUUUUGAUUUCUGGAUGA